GCGUGCCUCCCCCGGGGGCCGCAUUCUAAUAAGCUAGUCCCCCAAAUAGACCUGGCGGAAUAUACAAGCCUGGUGUGUUGAAUCGUAACGCAAAAAAAACAAGGCGCAGCUUCGCAUCGCAUCGCAUCGCAUCGCAUCGUGUGUGUGAGAGCAUUAUAACGGCAGUGAGUGUAGUGCUGUUUGGGGGCUGUUAGCGUUAGUAAUAACAGCAGCACACUGAGCGGAGAGUAGGAGCGCGACGCAGCGCGUGCAUCUCCGAGCGGAGGAAUACCCACAGCUUUUAUUUACUCUGCGCCUUGUUGUUUUGUUUAAUUAUUAUUAUUAUUUUUUUAAAAAAAAAUAACCUGCUUUACGAUCUAACUCUUAGACUGCAUUUGCCGAUUUUUUUGGUGACUUCCGCACAGCUCUUCUUCUCUCCCAUCGGAGGAAACGCGUGUGUUUGAUCCUUUGUGUACCUGGACCUGCCCUUCCAAAGACGGACAUCGUUUGAACAUUUUCUCCCCUCAGGGACAGGAUCUGGUAUGGCAGUUGCUCAUUGCACAAGCUGAGCACUCUAAAGCCAAGGCAGAAGUGGCACGCUGCUCUCCGAAGCCCUACCGGGCCCUGCCUGUUUGCUGUAAUUGCCCAGUGACAAGUGGAAAUGAUGGAAUAAUUGUCAAGAGAGUGGGGUCCUUUUUUUCUAACCCGGGCUCCGGUGACUUAAGUAUGCAUGAGCGGCGCGUGAGGGACGGGGCCGAGCGAGGCGCUUGUUUAUGAUGCCCCACUGUAUAAACACAGUUGGAGUGAUGACACAGAUAAGAGCACACUACUCCCCGUGACACGAGCCGCCAGCACACGCCAAACAGCCAGCAGUCCCAUCAGCACUCACCUGCAGGUAUUAAGUCAUGAUGCAGGAGUCGGCCAGUGAGACAAUAAGCAACAGUUCAAUGAGUCAAAAUGGAAUGAGCACCCUAAGCAGCCAAUUAGAUGCUGGCAGUAGAGAUGGAAGAUCAAGCGGUGACACAAGCAGCGAAGUAAGCACAGUCGAGCUGCUGCAUCUGCAACAACAGCAGAUGAUUGCCUCACUGGGCCUUGCAUUCCCAAGAACCUACAUCACUUUGGAUAUAUUUCCGUUCUCAAACAAAUCAACUAGCUCUGACCCUCGGGAGGCCCUUCAAGCAGCAAGGCAAUUACUCUUACAGCAACCAGGCAGUGGCCUGAAGUCUCCAAAGAACAACGACAAACAGCGUCCACUGCAGGUGCCAGUGUCAGUGGCCAUGAUGAGUCCACAGGUCAUCACUCCCCAGCAGAUGCAGCAGAUCCUCCAGCAGCAGGUCCUCUCGCCUCAGCAGCUCCAGGCGCUUCUACAGCAACAGCAGGCAGUCAUGCUGCAGCAGCAACACUUGCAGGAGUUCUACAAGAAGCAGCAGGAGCAGCUUCACCUCCAGCUUUUGCAGCAACAGCACCCCAGCAAACAGGCAAAAGAGCAACAGCAGCAGCAGCAUCAGCAGCAGUUAGCGGCACAGCAGCUGGUCUUUCAGCAGCAGCUCCUGCAGAUGCAGCAGCUCCAGCAGCAGCAGCAUUUGCUCAGCAUGCAACGGCAGGGCCUGCUUUCUUUGCCCCCAGGCCCAGGACAGAGCGCCCUCCCUGCGCAGACUCUCCCGCCAGCAGGCCUGAGCCCGGCCGAGCUCCAGCAGUUGUGGAAGGACGUGACCAGUGGCCACACCAUGGAGGAUAAUGGCCUGAAACACAGCGGCCUAGACCUCAGCACCACCAACUCUUCCUCCACUACCUCCUCUACCACCUCCAAAGCUUCUCCGCCAAUCACCCAUCACCCCAUCUCCAACGGCCAGUCCCCAGCCAUCAACAGUCGCAGAGAGAGCUCGUUACAUGAAGAUACCGGAGCGUUACACUCACAUUCUCUCUAUGGUCAUGGUGUGUGCAAAUGGCCAGGCUGUGAGAGCAUCUGCGAGGACUUUGGACAGUUUUUGAAGCACCUUAACAAUGAGCACGCUUUAGACGACAGGAGCACAGCACAGUGCCGGGUCCAAAUGCAGGUGGUACAGCAACUAGAGAUACAGCUUUCUAAAGAACGUGAGCGUCUUCAGGCAAUGAUGGCCCACUUGCACAUGCGGCCCUCAGAGCCCAAGCCAUCUCCUAAGCCGUUGAAUCUAGUGUCAAGCUUGACCAUGUCAAAAAACCUGCCGUCGGUCUCACCCCCAAACCUCCCCCAGACCCCAACCACCCCCACCACUCCGAUCACACCACUGAGCCAGAUGCCCCAGGUCCCCUCCGUCCUGAGCCCCGCCAGCGUGCCGAGCAUGGGCGCCAUGCGCAGACGUCACUCUGACAAGUACUCCAUGCCACUAUCCUCAGAAAUAGCCCCAAACUAUGAGUUUUAUAAGAACGCUGAUGUCAGACCACCGUUCACGUAUGCAACGCUCAUCAGGCAGGCUAUCAUGGAUUCGAAAGACAUGCAGUUAACACUUAAUGAAAUCUACAGCUGGUUUACGCGCACCUUUGCCUACUUUAGACGCAACGCUGCCACUUGGAAGAAUGCAGUGCGCCACAACCUCAGUCUGCAUAAGUGUUUUGUGCGGGUGGAGAAUGUGAAGGGAGCCGUGUGGACGGUGGAUGAGAUGGAGUACCAGAAACGCAGAUCUCAGAAGAUAACAGGGAGCCCAACACUGGUGAAGAACCUGCCGCCCAGUCUGGGUUAUGGAGCAGCUCUUAAUGCAAGCCUGCAGGCGGCUCUGGCAGAGACCUCUUUGCCCUUGCUGGGUAACACCGGCUUGAUGAACAGCAGCGCGUCAGGUCUGAUGGGUGCCAGUCCUCCAGGUUUGCAGAGUGGAAGUCCACCUAGCCUUUUACAGAGCGCCCAUGACGAGCUAAAUGGCUCCCUCGAUCACCUCGACACCAACGGUCACAGCAGCCCCGCCUACUCCCCACACACCCACAUGCCCCCAAUUCACGUCAAGGAGGAGCCACUAAACAUGGACGAUGACGACUGUCCAAUGUCACUGGUGACGACAGCCGAUCACAGUCCAGAGCUGGAUGAGGACCGAGAGCUCGAGGAGGGAAACCUAUCAGAGGACUUGGAGUGAUGAUUUUCUCCGCCCUCAUUUGCUGGGACUCCGCCCACCCUGAGCAGCCAGCCCCUCUAACCACUCCACAACCACAGAAAGGCAGCAGACGGAAGCGAGGAAUAUUUAUUUAGAAAGUGUCCAGGAGACUGUCCCAAAGAAACACUCACAGCCCUUUGAGGACCUUUUGAGAACAGGCAUCAGACGUCUGCCUUUUAAAUGAUAAUGAAAAUAGGACAAGAUUUCAUUCAGAUUGCUUGGCCACUUCAUACCAUGCACAGCAGACUCAUGGACGAAAACAAAGUGAAAAACUUGAGUCUUUUCUGUAGAAACGUUGAUGGCCACAUAUACUGCCAAAAAGUUGAAAUUUGUGAAUAUCCGACCCACAGUAGUCUCUGAUGUUAGAUACAAUUGCUGGUUCAAUUCAAGUUGUUGCUAUGUUAUUAUUUGCACAGGAGUAGUACCAGAAAUUAGUGUCACUGCCUGUAUGUUGCUAAACGCUUUAAACAACAGUAUUUCUUUCUUUUCUUUUCUUUUUUUUUCCUUUUACAAACCUUUUUUUUUCCCGUUAUGUUUACAACACCACCAACUGUAAAUGCCAUUUUUAAAGUCACACCAAUAACAGACCUGCGGUAUCAAGACUGUUGCAGCUGUCCAAAAAAGUCUCCAGUGUCUCUAUCUCUGUUUGUGCUGAAAAGUGAAAUGUGAUAACUGAGUUGAAAUGUAAAUGUUUGUGUAAGCAUCAUGCUGAGGAAAAAAAAAUGUGCAUUUCUGCAUAUUCUCUUCUCUAGUCUCUUUACCUCCUUGUUCUAAAGCUUUGUCUACCUGCAAAGAGUCACAGGCAACAGCUAGAAACCAAAGCCAACACUAGCAAUGGCCAAUAGCUUAGACAGAAGCCACCAGACUCUUUGGUCAUCCUUCUGUGACUUUAACUAGUACAAAGAGAAGCUUUUUUUUCUUUCUUUUGUUUUGUUUUUUAGUUCCGCUAACUACCUUCGAAUAACCUCGGGGAUCGCAUCAUUUAGCCCUGUACAAAGAUUUGAAAGAAGACCGUGAUUUUCAAGUUUCAUUUAAUUCCAGUUGGAGAGUUUCCAUUGACCACUUACUCGGUCCAGAAAGGGGAUGUGGCCUGGCUAGCGGUAGAGAGCAGCUAGACAUGGAUCAUGACCAAAACAACCAUUUGUGUAUCUGUGAAAGUGCAGAAAAAAUUGUGUUUGUUCUAUAUACGUAUAUAUAAUACUAUAUAUGUGCCAUCACACACACCCACUCAUACAUAUAUAUAUAUAUAUAUAUAU